CUUUCCGGUGCUGGGCGCCAUCAGCAGGUAGACAAACAUGGGUGCCUACAAGUACAUCCAGGAGCUAUGGAGGAAAAAGCAGUCGGAUGUGAUGCGAUUCCUCCUCCGUGUCCGCUGUUGGCAGUAUCGCCAGCUGUCUGCCUUGCACCGAGCUCCCCGGCCAACCAGACCAGACAAAGCUCGCAGGCUGGGAUAUAAGGCCAAGCAAGGUUACGUUAUCUACCGUGUCCGUGUUCGCCGUGGUGGUCGUAAACGCCCAGUCCCGAAAGGUGCAACCUAUGGUAAACCUGUGCAUCAUGGUGUUAACCAGCUGAAGUUUGCCCGGAGUCUUCAGUCUGUAGCAGAGGAACGUGCUGGCCGUCACUGUGGGGCUCUGAGAGUCUUGAACUCGUAUUGGGUGGGUGAAGAUUCUACUUACAAGUUUUUCGAAGUGAUCCUGAUUGAUCCCUUCCAUAAGACCAUCAGGCGCAACCCUGAUACCCAAUGGAUCACCAAGCCUGUCCACAAGCACAGAGAGAUGCGUGGGCUGACAUCGGCCGGGCGGAAGAGUCGUGGCCUUGGCAAGGGCCACAAAUUCCACCACACCAUUGGUGGCUCACGUCGUGCUGCCUGGAGAAGGCGCAAUACCCUGCAGCUGCACCGUUACCGUUAAUUCUUGUAAAUGUAACAAUCCAAUAAAGCUGAUGCGGGUUGUUGAAUUUAA